AUGGAGCAAACACGAGUCGAUCCUGAGACCGCUGUCGAGAAUUUCGAAAUCAAAUCCAACAAUGGCAAAGACCUCAUGUCAGCCUUUGCGACGCCCGACAUUCCACCAGACAUGUCCGACGUUCCUCAACACGAGACGUCUAUAAACGAUACACAAGACGCAAUGGAAGGGCACUCAGAAUCUUCUACAUCUUCGUCUCGGCGACAAUCAGAAGAGGAAGGAUAUUAUCUACACGUUGAAGAAGAUGGCGACGCAGGCGCCAAGUCCGCAUCCAGUCGAUCCUCGCUUUCAUCAAUUCCCGACUCUGUCAUCCAUCAUGAAAAAGAACGAUCCAUAUAUAGUCGGGACAGUAUUGGCGAAAUAUAUGAAGAGCAUGAAGAGCACAGCGCCUACGGCAACCCAGUAUACCAGAAAAUCCGCGAUCGCAAUUCACCCUUUCGGCACCCCAGCUCGGUAAAAGCCAUCCAGAUGCAAACAGAGGACGAAGAAGAUGAGGAUGUCAUGUCGCCAUCAAGACGCAAAGCGAUGUUUCGUGGUUCUCCCGCUUCGGUGAGGUCGCUUGGUUCACCGCUUCUCAGACGGCAUGGGUACCACUCGGCCGGGAAUACGCCAAGAAGGUCCUUGCCCAUCAAGAGGGAGAAUCCGCUUGUGUUGUUGCAUUGCAAUAUUCUCCAGCCGACUGUUGUGCUUGGGCCUGGGGUGAGUUUGCCGGACAGACAAAUUCUGGAAAAGGUUCUACCACCACAGUAUGCGCGACGAUGGGAAUUGUUGGAAGAAAAUAUUUCAGGUUCCGGCUUGUUGCGUGAUCGUGGAUUGCUUAUUCAGCAUCCGCAAGAAGAUUAUGGACUGUUAGAGGAGCGACUGCUAGAAAGCUUGGAACUGGAAAAACCGAGACUGGAGAACGGCCAUUAUAAUAACCACAAAGCAAGCGAAUCUGAAAACGAAACUGGCGAGGAGGAACCAGAUCACCCAAACCAACAGGACAAAGGCGGCUGUGUGGAUUGCGGCUGUCACAUGAAUCAUCGAGAUGAUCGGAGGAAGUGGGACGUCAAGUUUUAUGCGGCAAAUGGUUUGAUGAAGGAAGGCGCCUGGACAGCUGCAUGGAAGGAGAUUGAGCGCGUGGAUGUGCAAGUUAGCCUUUGGCUGCCCUAUGAGGUCAAGUCUGAGGUUGAGAAGAAAAUCAAAGCCGAGAUUCUUGUGGCAGAGGAACUGAAAAGAAUCAAAGAAGCGGAAGCGAUGGUGAAUGAGCCACAGCCCAGCAGUCAGAUCAAAAUUUCUCAGGAUGAGAUUGAUGGUUUGGAUGAUGGACUACGUAGCACUACCAAGAACGUUGCAACGCAAGUGACGCAUACAACAGAACAUGGCAUCCCAACCUUUGAGCGUGCAAGAACUCGCAAACGCAACGCAGACCCCGACCUAUACACCCUCAUCAUCAACUCUAUUCGCGUCCUAGCAAGCGAUCGAAGAAACAUCAUAACGGCAAUCAGCAUGCUCAUCGCCGUCCUCACAAUCAUUUUCGGCGGCCGUUCAGCCAAGCGAACCCAAUACGGAUACGAUAUGGCCCAGUUCGGGGAUUUCCCAGCAGUUAGUACUCAGGUCUACCAAACCAGUUCUGCACCAGUCCUGACCCAACCCUCGGCAGAAAUCCCUAUUUAUGAAAGUAAGAGCCGCGUGGAGAGAGCUGGUGAGGUUCAACGAAUGGUUGAAGGGGUAUUAGGCGUGAUGAAGCCGGAUCUGGUGCAGCCAGUUGUAUCGCGACGCGAGGCUAAAACAGUCAUUGAGCUGGUGGAACAGAAGACGAUUGAAAUUCCGGUCGAGCCAAAAGCCGAGGCAAUUGCAACCAUCAUCCGAGAUGCCGUCGAUAGUGCUCCUACCAACAAACCAGAUGAGUCAAACCCUGGCUCUUUUGAGGCAGAAGUCAAUCAUACUGUGGUUCAAAAGAAUGAAUCUGAUACCCAAAAAGACGACGAUGUUACUACUGAGGAAGGUAACGCGACUGACACUCAAAUUGAUGAUGCUGUUGUCGAACAAAACGGAGAACGUGCCAUCCCUCAAGAUACUUCCCAUGUCGUUUAUCAAGAAAACGACUCUGUCCCCGCCAAAGAUGAUGGCGUUGCUAUUAGCCAAACCGAGAAUCCCAUCACUCGGGAUCCUGAACCUGUCAUUUCUACAGAAAAUGCCUCUGCCGCCACCCAAGACGAUGAUUUUAUGACCAUUCAAGACGAUGAGCCUGCCAUUGCCGAAGACGGCCCUUCGACCCCUGAACUUGACAUCAACGAAACCGCCUAA